AUGGCACAUAAAGGAUCCCUUGAAACACUGGACAUGAUCCUGAAGGACAUCAGGAGCUGCAUUAGCCCCAUGGGAGGCAUUUCCCUCCUUCUGUCUGGUGAUUUCAGACAAACCCUACCCAUAAUCCCAAAAGGCACCAGAGCCAAUGCUGUAAUGGCUUGCAUUGAGUUAUCUUCCCUGUGGCAGGACGUGCCAAUUUUGACUCUUACAACAAACAUGAGGGCCCAGCUUUUCGGUGACAACUUAUCGGGUGACUUCUCCAAGCAGCUUCUUACCAUUGGUGAUGGUACAGCUGGAGAGAUGACGGUCUCACAUGUAGGCAUACCUGUGGACACAGUGGACCUUACGACUGCAGUUUUCCCUGAUCUGCACAUAAACUACCAAAACCUGAAUUGGCUGUGCGAAAGAGCAAUAUUAGAUCCCAAAAACACUUUUGUUGCGAAACUCAAUGAAAACCUACUGCGAAGCCUUCCUGGAAACCUUCACACCUACAAGUCUGUAGACACUGUUGUGGACCAAGAAGAGGUAUACCCAGACACUUCAUUCUCUUCUUUUGUAACUGUGAAAGCCAUGUUUUUCCUCUACUGCAAAACACCUAUUUCUAUCUCUGUAUCAUGA